AUGGCUCCUAUGGCGAACGCCCUACCUCUAGACAACUAUCACCACGGUCAAUAUCAGCGAGGGAUUCAACCGAGAUACACUGCUGGGCUGUCACCGCCCAUGGUUCAGCAAAUGCCACCGAUUCCUCAGUACACCGGACCUUCGCAAAUACAUGUGGUGCCCCAGGGUUACUAUGUGCCACCAGCUCAACAAAUCUCACCGUACUAUGGCGGUGGACAUCUGCCUGUCAAUCAGGUCGGCACAGCAAUGUUGCAGAGACAAAAUGUGGCAUAUUACUCGACCCCAUUAGCCAUGGGACAUCCAGGCACACAGUAUUAUUACCAUCAAACGGCUCCAUAUCCAAUUCAAUUUCCAAAUGUACAGCCUGUUGUCGCUCCGAGCCAGCAUUCUCGAGCAGAAGUUGGCCAACAAGCGUCGACAGGGGCCCUAAACCAUAACCAGCCUCUAGACAGUCUACCUUCGCCUUUUCCAACUGAGAAAUCGACUCGUGUUAACCAAGAUGAGCAGAGAAGCUCUGUUCGAAGCUCGUCGCGUAAGCCUCGACAAACCGGAAAUGCCGUAUGGAUCGGAAAUCUCCCACCCCAAACCGACUUAAUGAGCCUCGUACGCCACGUUUCGAAGGAGACAACCGGACUCGAAUCUCUCUUCCUGAUUGCCAAGAGCAAUUGUGCCUUUGCUAAUUUCAAAGACGAGGCCUCUUGCAUAUCUGCGCAACUCAAACUGCACGAAUCUAGAUUCCAGUCGGUUCGCCUUGUCAGCAGGCUACGAAGGAAUGAAAUCGAUGGCACCAAUGGCCAAUCUCCGCCAACCGGACCGGCUUCAGGCACGGCCAACUCCUCUCAACCGAUCCAUACGGCUAGGAGUAAGGCUGCAGUCAAAGUCGACGAUGGAAACUCGACUGCUAAAACCGAUCACGCGGAUAACUCAACGGCUGUCUCGUCAGAGGGGCCAGCGAAAUACCAUGAUAGAUUUUUUAUUCUAAAAAGUUUGACAAUUGAUGACCUUGAGCUUAGUGUACGAACGGGAAUUUGGGCCACGCAAUCUCAUAACGAGGAAACAUUGAAUGGUGCAUUUAGGCAAUGCAACAACGUAUAUUUAAUAUUUUCAGCUAACAAGUCUGGCGAAUAUUUCGGAUAUGCACGAAUGGCAUCCGAGUUUAGCCCGUCUUUGGAUUCGACCAUUAAGUUUGCACCCGUACCGCGAUCGACGAACGAAUUAGAACUGCCGAAAGAAGUCCUCACGGACGCGACUGAAUAUGUUCCUAAAGGCAGGAUCCUUCGUGAUCCAAGUAGAGGAACAAUAUUCUGGGAAAUAUAUCAAGAUGAUUCUGGAAAGACCCUCGAUGAUGAGGCCAGUGUUAUGAGCGGAAAAGAUGAUAUUGCCAAUGAAGAGGAGGAAGAGAAAGCAUGGGGAAAGCCUUUCCGAGUCGAGUGGAUGUCGACAUCUCGUCUUCCCUUUCACAGGAUUCGUGGGUUGAGAAACCCUUGGAAUUCUAAUCGAGAGGUCAAGAUUGCGCGAGAUGGCACCGAAAUAGAGCCUUCUGUCGGUCAAAGGCUUAUUGGUCUUUUCAACACUGGGCAAGGUUCUGGCCAAUCAGUAGCCGCGAGACCACCUAUUGGUACGAUGUCCAGAUAUCAACAAAUGGGAUCAUAUGCUCAGUAGACUUGGUCUCGCUCACGGCUUCAUGUUUCUCUGCCGUAUGUGAUGCUGGCUACUUGCUCUUGUUCUUGUUCUUGUUCUCCUUCCUUAAUGCCCUAGCUCUUAUUGGGGAAUGCUAAGGAAAUCUUUUGCCUUGUAUUUUAGAUCCAAGGUUCUUGGAUUGACGCCUACAUGAUGAUGGAGACGACGCUAUGAAUAUCGGGUCAAUGAAAAAGGACAGGCGGCUAGGAGCAUCCAUAGGUGGUCUUCUUAAUGCAAUCUCUUUUUUUUAAUGCUGCA